AUGCACAUCCAUCUUAUCGUGUUGUCUGCAAUCUGUACAUCUUCAAUUGUGGUUCACUUCUCCUAUCGUCUUGUUCGAGAAAACCACGGAGAAAAGGAGCAAGACCGUGGAUUGAAAGACACCAAAGAAACCGCCAAGGAUGUGCUGGGUUUUGUAAAAAUGCUUGGAAUAAUCCUAGCUAUGGUUGUAGGCUUUGCCUUGUUGGGGUUUGUCACGUUUUAUCUCUAUCAGUAUGCGAGUACAGGGGAUUUUUUUACUUUUUGA